UAACCCUGCCAUUCUGACCUAUCUCUAUUCCCCGAUCCAAAUCACAGACUCUCUCUUCUCUUUCUCCUCUCUCUCUUCUCCCCUCUCCGAUCUCUCCUCCCGGUGGAGUCAGACGCUCUGACCAGGAAUCCGAACCGCUUCGAGUCUUUGCCCGACUCUGGCGACUCACGUUGACCGGAAGUAGCCAAAUUUGACUUCGCGGUAACUCAAGUUGAAUUUCUGUCAAAUCAAGCUCCAGCGAGCUCAGAUAUGGAGGAGAAGCCGUCGUCGAAGAGAAUCAAGUCAGAGGACGACCACGUGGCGAAGAAGGUGAAGACGGAGGAGGACCAUUGCCGUAGCAAAAGCUUGGAUACUGCGAAAGUCGAUAAGUUGGUGUGGCUGAUGAAGCUGUCGCAGGCAGUGGCCAAGUCUUGGAACUCACACCCUUCCUCUGAUCUUCACCCCGUCGCCAAAGUCAUCCUCUCCCUCGAUCCAACCGAUGAGACCUCCGCUGUGCAGUUCAAAAUGGAGGGGUCUGCGACUGAGGUUGGUAUGAAGCCGAAGAGUUAUUCUAUGAACACGUCGAAAGACUUUAUUCCCAUGUGCGUUUUUCCUGAGGCAAAUCAAGGCAAGAUUGUUGUGGAAGGGAAAGUAGAGCACUAUGAAGCCCCAUGGUACAAACUUUGAGGAGUACGGGAAGAUGUGUAGUUCAUUUAUCCUUGCUUUCUUUGUGAGCUUGGCACCCAAAUAUUAUUCUCAUUCUUAAUUAGUUACAGAGUCUGUUCAAAUGUGAAUUACAUGAAGCAAGGUUUAGCAUAUGAUAGUUUGUGAGUUUAAUACGCAGUAGAACUAUUGUUAAUUACCACAGUCAAAAUAUAUUUGCAAGCAUGGUGCAGAAUAGCACCAAGGAGGAUACCGUAGGCUUUGGGAAUUUACCUAUUUCUAUGUGUGGCUUGAGACGCUAAAUUUUGUACAAUACUUUCCUUGGUA